CACAAAAGCUCGAGAGUAGGAAAAAACAGGAUACUCGCCCCAGAUGUGGAAGAUGCGGCCCACCGGCACAUGACAUAGGGGGUAAGGUGGCGAGUAAGAAAGAUGGGUUGGAUUUGGAUGUGGAUUGCAGAGAGAAAAAGACAGAUGCAUGUUAGUGUUAGUGGACGGUCAAGAUUCCUUCCUCCUCUCUCUGCCUCUUCUCUUUCCAAUUCCAUACGAUCUAAGCCUCAGCUUCAGCUUCAGCUUCAGAUCUGCUGCUGCUGCUGCUGCUGCUGCUGCUGCCUGUGUUUUCGAAAAAAUCUUAACCCUAGUCAAACUUCAACUAUGCCCUCCCCUCCCUACUUACUUACUACUACUCAUUCAUUCCGCUUCUGCUACUGCUGCUGAUGAUGAUGAUGAUGAUGAGAUGAGUGAGUUUAGUGCAGCUUUAACAAAUCACUCAUGAAUGGCUGCUGAGGCGACACAGACGCACAGAGAGAGACAAAAGAUAACACCACUCCUCCCCAUACCCACCAAAGGUAGAUAGAGAAGAGAGAAACAUCAAUCACUUAUUUCUGAAGACGAUGAUGAUGAUGAGGAGGAGGAGGAGUGAUUGAUAUUGAUUUCUUUCUGGAUCUUUUUUUUUUAAGACACCCCUUCUUUCCUGUUCACUACGGAAAUUUAGCCCUUGUUUUUUUCUUUCCGAUCUUUGAAUAUUGAUUCGGUUUUUUCUUCUAGAUCUUAGUCGUCUUCUACUCUUGAGUUUUUUUGGGUCUUCUUUUUUCCGUUCUUCAACUUAGUAAUCAUCACCUUUUGAUAUUUGAAUGAUGAUAACUGUGCUCCCUAUUAUCUUUCUCUCUCUUGUCCAAUAAUACUACUUCUACUCUCUUCCUUUUUCGCUCCUCAACUUCUCUUCAUUUCUUUCAGAUCCAUUCUGGAAGUAGAACAUAAGUUGUCAUAUACACCCCUUUCCUUUCUCAUCUUCAUUUUUCCUUUUCCACCACAAAUCCAAAACAAUUUCAGAUCUGUUUCAUCUUAGAUCCAGCUCCCAAAAAUAAUAUUACUUUCCCUUUUUACUUCACAAAUCUCAAGUUUUUCAGUUCAUCGUUGACUGACUAUCGCAAGAACGUUGAGUCUUUUCUUUUCUCUUUUUCUUGGAUAAAAAGGGGUGUGGUAAAGGGUUUCGAUCGGAGUUGGAUCGGAUGUGUUUGUUCCAGAGUGUGAUGAAUUACUUCCCGGAGGAAGUACUAGAGCACGUCUUCGAUUUCCUGACCUCGCAUCGGGACCGGAAUGCGGUGUCUUUAGUCUGCAAGUCUUGGUAUAGUGUGGAAAGAUUUAGCCGAGAAAAGGUUUUUAUUGGCAACUGCUACGCCGUCGAUCCUGAGCGUCUGAUUGCUAGGUUCCCCAGGGUUCGGUCCUUAACUCUUAAAGGCAAACCCCAUUUCGCGGACUUCAAUCUGGUGCCUCAUGAUUGGGGUGGCUACGUGUACCCUUGGAUUGAGGCCAUGGCCAAGAAUGGAAUAAAUCUGGAGGAGCUGAGGUUAAAGAGGAUGGUGGUGUCUGAUGAGAGCCUUGAGCUGCUUGCGAAGUCUUUUCCCAAUUUCAAGUCUUUGGUCUUGGUCAGCUGCGACGGGUUCAGUACUGAUGGCCUUGCUGCCAUUGCAUCCAAUUGCAGGUUUCUUAGGGAGCUUGACUUGCAGGAAAAUGAAGUUGAUGAUCGCAAGGGACAGUGGCUCAGCUGUUUUCCUGACACGUGCACCUCUCUAGUCUCUUUAAAUUUUGCAUGCCUCAAAGGAGAAGCUAGUGUGGCAGCUCUUGAGAGGCUAGUAGCAAGAUGCCGUAAUCUUAGAAGUCUGAGACUUAAUCAUGCAGUGCCUCUGGACACUCUUCAGAAGAUUUUGGUGCAGGCACCUCAAUUGAAUGAUCUGGGGACUGGGACUUUUGUCCAUGAUCCAGAUUCAGACGCGUACUGCAAAUUGAAAAAUGCUAUUAAGAAGUGUAAAUCAAUUAGAAGCUUGUCAGGAUUCCUGGAUGUCAAUACGCGCUGUUUGCCUGCUGUCUACCCAAUUUGCACAAAUUUGACAUCUUUGAACUUGAGCUACGCUCCAGGAAUCUACAGUAGUGAGCUUAUAAAGCUAAUCUGUCACUGCAAGAAAUUAGAGCGUCUAUGGAUCUUAGAUACAAUUGGAGAUAAAGGGCUUGAUGUCGUGGCCUCCACAUGUAAAGAACUACAGGAGUUGAGAGUCUUCCCCUCUGACCUUUAUGGUGUGGGUAAUGCAGCUGUAACAGAAGAAGGACUAGUUGCUGUAUCAGCUGGAUGCCCCAAGCUAAACUCGCUGCUCUAUUUCUGUCAGCAGAUGACUAAUGCUGCGCUCAUCACCGUGGCAAAAAAUUGCCCCAACUUUAUCCGCUUCCGGUUGUGCACCCUUGACCCAACUAUACCAGAUGCAGUGACCAAUCAACCACUUGAUGAAGGUUUUGGGGCGAUUGUUCAGUCGUGCAAGGGUCUGAAGCGGUUAUCAGUGUCAGGUCUUCUGACAGAUCAGGUUUUCCUUUAUAUAGGAAUGUAUGCUGAGCAGCUGGAAAUGCUUUCAAUUGCCUUUGCUGGGGAUAGUGACAAAGGAAUGCUUUAUGUGUUGAAUGGGUGCAAGAAACUGAAGAAACUAGAGAUCAGGGAUAGCCCCUUUGGUAAUGUGGCACUUCUUGCGGACGUGGGAAAGUAUGAGACAAUGCGAUCCCUUUGGAUGUCGUCCUGUGAAGUGACCUUUGGAGCAUGCAAGACCCUUGCAGAGAAGAUGCCAAGACUUAAUGUGGAGAUCAUUAAUGAAGGCGAGCAGAUUGAGGCUAGCCCCGAUGAUAGACAUAGAGUCGAAAAGAUGUACUUGUAUCGGACACUGGUUGGGCCUCGGAGAGAUGCACCUGACUUCGUUUGGACAUUGUAGAUGUGCCCCGAGCGCAUUGACCAGACUCAUUCCUGUUUUCCUUUGUAUUAAGUAGCUCUAUAUUGCUUAGACUCAUUUGGUGCUAUGCGUUUCUAGGUUACUGGUGGUUAUUGUUAAAGUCAGGCUGUUAAUUUGUUUGAACUUUCAAUUUGUACAAUGUUUUUGUUGAUACAGACAACAUUUAUCUAGUCUAGUGUUAUCGAGUAUGUUCCUUUGGUGUG